AUGCCUCUGGCCUUGACCCUUCUGCUGCUGGUGGACCUCAGCCCGCGCGGAGGCUGGGGCUGCCUGCAGUGUGACCCGUCGGUGCGGGAGGCCCUGAGCCAGCUGCGCUUCGCCAUCAUCCCCAGCCGCUUCACUCUAGAGCAGCUGCAGGCCCGCGCUCAGGCCCUGCUGCUGGGCAUGGAGGGGGCUUUCUUCCGGGACUAUGCGCUGAACGCGUUUGUGGGGAAAGUGGGGGUAGAUCAGCUGGACCUCGUGGCAUCCUUUAUCAAGAAUCAAACAAACAGCUUAAAGGUUAAUUCUCUGAGAGAUGGGCCUCUGCUGGAAGAGCUGGUGACUCUUAGGGAGAAGGUGACCAAGGAACUCAAGAAAGUUUUAAAAUUGUAUGAAUUAAAAGCUUGCGAUCCCAAAAUGUGCCGCUUGCUAAAAGAAGAGGUCUUGGACUGUUUACAUUGCCUGAAGAUCAGUCCCGAGUGUAUCAAAAAAAAGUACUGUUUUGUUGAUAGGCAGCCCCGCAAGGCCCUGCAGUACGAGAAAAAGGGUGGAUACCCGCGGAACCAGGCCACGUUUGGCAUCGUCAUUUCCAUGUGUCUGGCUGUCUUCACCUUAGGGGUCAUCGUGGCUUUGGCUCUUACGUAUCGGCAAAACCGGAAACUUCUGCUACAGUAG